CCAACCUGCAGAAGCUUGUAGACACCAAGAAAUACACGCACUUGAAACAUGGAAUCGCUUUUAAAGUUAGAUUAAUUGUGUGGAUUUCAGCUUCUUUUAGUUAAGUUGUCUUUUUUUCAUGUUUUUGGCUACUGUGCAGUGUGUCAAGGCUUUGGAGUGAAAUCAAUUGAAGAGUGAAUGAUUUCUUUUUUUACCUUCAUCUUUUUGCACUCAGAGAAGAACAUGUUUUAGGAAAGUGUUCUGGACAAUUUGUUUCGGAAAGAUGCUCUAAGUUUGAGAUGGUUUGAAGCGGUUAAUUGGAACUGGUCAUCUACUGCAUUUGAAAGUUUUUACUUGGUUACUGUGGAAAUGCUGUCGGGUAUGCCAGUGAGCUUUGGAAAUUGUGUGGCAGUGUCCUCAUCUGCCCUCAUCCUCCUGGCCUCACUGCCAAAGCAGUUUCUCUCUAUACACACACAUUAUGCACUAAAACGUCUGUAGACUAAAAAUCGAUAGUUCUUACAAAGACCAAGAUACAACCAAAAACUUAUACACCACUACUGGAUGUUGUGAUUGAUUAAAUACACAAACCCAUCAGUUCUCAAGAGUAAACAGACUUGGAGCAUCUUCAUGAAGAUGCUCAAGGAACUGUGGUCGUCCCUUUCCCAGUGGUUUCUGGGAGUAACCGCGUGCGAGGAUGGUACCACAGGGCCACCAAAUGGACUUGAGGAACGAAACGUAGAGGACGUUGCAAUAAAAGAAGGCCAGAAGAAACCAGAUACACAGGCAGAUUCAAUCGGUCAAGUAAAGAGUGCAGUAUCCGCAAGGAAAACUACUGUGCUAAUUAUGGUGGCGCCUCCUAAGGAUCUCCAGCAGAAAAUCGUCAAGGCUGGAGACAAAGACCUGGAUGGUCAGUUGGACUUUGAGGAGUUUGUGCACUACCUUAGGGACCAUGAGAAGAAACUGAGGCUGGUCUUCAAGAGUCUUGACAAAAAGAACGAUGGUCGCAUAGACUCGCAGGAGAUCAUGCAGUCACUAAGAGACCUCGGGGUUCAUAUAUCUGAGGAACAGGCUGAAAAGAUUCUCAAGAGAAUAAGGAGGGGUCAAAUAUGUGCCCCUAUAAUGUAUAUGGACAAAAACGGUACGAUGACGAUUGACUGGAAUGAGUGGAGAGAUUACCACCUGCUUCACCCUGCUGAGAACAUUCCUGAAAUCAUCCUCUACUGGAAACACUCCACGAUAUUUGAUGUAGGGGAAAGUAUGAUUGUCCCUGACGAGUUUACGGCAGAGGAGAAGAAAACGGGCAUGUGGUGGCGACACCUGGUAGCAGGAGGUGGAGCAGGUGCUGUGUCUCGUACCUGUACGGCACCUCUGGAUCGCCUAAAAGUUCUCAUGCAGGUUCACGCGACCCGCAGCAACUCCAUGGGUAUCGCCGGAGGAUUCACCCAAAUGAUCCGUGAGGGUGGAAUUCGGUCACUCUGGCGAGGGAACGGUAUCAACGUUUUGAAGAUUGCACCUGAGUCUGCUAUCAAAUUCAUGGCAUAUGAGCAGAUUAAGCGGCUGAUUGGCAGUAAUCAGGAGACGUUGGGGAUUCUGGAGAGGCUGGUUGCUGGGUCUCUAGCAGGAGCGAUUGCCCAGAGCAGCAUCUACCCCAUGGAGGUUUUAAAGACUCGUCUUGCCCUGGGAAGGACGGGUCAGUACUCUGGUAUCGUGGACUGUGCUAAACAUAUAUUUAAGAAGGAGGGUUUAAAAGCAUUCUACAAGGGUUAUAUUCCUAAUAUGCUGGGUAUCAUCCCUUAUGCUGGAAUAGACCUGGCUGUUUAUGAGACACUAAAGAACUCGUGGCUGCAGAGGUUUGCUACGGACAGUGCCGAUCCGGGUGUGUUUGUGCUGUUGGCCUGUGGUACAAUGUCAAGUACUUGUGGACAGUUAGCGAGCUACCCGUUAGCCUUAGUGAGGACACGUAUGCAGGCUCAAGCUUCUCAGGAAGGCAGCCCUCAGAUGACCAUGACUGGUCUCUUCAGACACAUUGUACGGACAGAGGGUGCAAUUGGACUCUAUAGAGGCUUGGCACCCAACUUUAUGAAGGUCAUCCCUGCUGUUAGCAUCAGCUAUGUGGUUUAUGAGAACCUAAAGAUCACCCUUGGUGUCCAGUCUCGGUGAGGGGAACCAGAAGACUGUUAAAUCCUUAAUGGCUUUUGUUUUCCCUCUUAACUUUUCUUUUGGACCAGUGAAAGAGAUCAUCCAAGAGGGCCAGUUUGCACUCGAAGGGAGGUGUAGGAACACUUGGCCAAGAAAGAGCUGGCAUGAUGGAAAGAAGAAACCUUUGCGUCAAAGACCUGAGGUUUGACUUUGAUCAGUGAAUGGAAGAGUAACUGGAAUAUAUUAGAACAAGGCAAAAAUUUCAAUACUAGCUACAAGUAAAAUGUGAGCACCUCAAAAUGGCAUCUGUACUGGAUCCCAACACUCCCUUAUUUCAUUCCUGAGGUCAUGUAAGGUCACAGGGUUGUGUUUACUAUAUUUUAGUAGGGACUAAGAAUAUGCAAGAUAUGCUUUUUGGAAAGGAAGGACCGGACACCUUGUGGAUUCAAAGAGUCAGAUUUACUAAAGCAUUUAGUAUAUGCAACUUUUCUCUAAGAAAAUAACACUUAAUCCGUUAAUUUAUUAAUUUAAACUGCUCAACUGGAAUUUAAUGUGCUAAAGGCUUUGGCAGAUAUGAUGCUAAUAAUCCUGGUGUAGCCCUUUCAGAUCACUGACUCAUUCUUCCACUGGAUGGCAGUGUUUAGUAAUAAAGGGCUGAAAAACAUGCUUGCAUUUCGCUCACAUAAUUUAUUAUUUGUAUUAUCACAUUAACUGACAUGCCAGUUUUGACAUCUUGAAAAUUACGGAGUGUAACAAGGGAAUUAUUUGAAAUAUGUCUUAUUCAUCAAAUGGUCCAAAUAAUAUUGUUGAGGACUUUACAUUGUUAUUUUUUAAAUGUCGUUUAUUACAUUUUGAUUGAAGGUUACUGUAAAAAGAAGACUCCAUGAAAUUAAGAAUACAUGUGCACACACUCCUAAUGGUGAUUGGCAGCUAAUCGAGUGUUAAGAAGAAAACUUUCAACACUUUGGGUCAUUUUGAGAAUAAAAUGUCCUGGGUUUGAGAAUUCAGCACCAGCUUAAAUGUGGUGGAUUGAGUUCCAUGUUGAGGUUAGACACUGUAUGGUCUUAAAUUGGAAAAAAACAAUUUCAUUUGUUUUUACAUUCAAGCAAUUCUGGUUUAUUCACUGAUAAAUUAUCUUCACAACUGCAGUGUAAAUAUAGUUUCUUACCAGUAUUAGUUUGCAGACAUUUCAAACAUGACUAAAUUACUGAUUUAAACUCACUCUAGUCAAGGAACAUAUUUAAGCACUUUAUUUUAAUAAAAAUAAACCAGACUUGAACUUUUAGGAGGAUUUGUAAUGGAAUGAUAUUCAGUAGUUGUAGUGGUUGUGAUUUAAGUAAAUAUUAUUUUUCAGCAUUUAUGUUUAAUGUUUGUAUCAGGUUGGGAGUAAAAAGUAUUUGUCAAGAAAACACUAAAGAGAUAUAAGUUAGGAUUUCUUUUGAAAAAUGACUCUAAUCUGCAGCAGUCUGCAAAUAUCUUAUAUAUUUGGAUAUGCCAUAUGUCAGGAUAAGGCACCUCGAUGUUUAAAAUUAGCAUUUUUUUUAUUGACAAGGAAAAAAUAAGUUGCCCUUACUUCUAUUGCAUGUGAAGCCCUAAAACCCUCCAGUUCAAUGGGUUGUUUCCCUUUGUAAUUCUACAAAACCUUAGUGUUAAUAUAGUUGCCUUAUUUAUAAAUAAAAUAAAGCUGCUUUUAGACUCUGUGGGAAACGCAAAAAGAUGGUGUUAAUGACUGAAAUAUUUUUCUAAUGAUUUGAUUCUCAGGGAGGAUUUAGUGGUCUCUGAUACUCCCGUGCAGAUAUAAAACUUGUAUGGAUACUGAGUUUGUUCAGGCCUAGGAACAGUUUGCCUUUUUCAAGCUUCAUUACAUGACUUAAAAAUAGCAAAUACCCUUCUGUGUCCCGAUGGUAGUUGAACUGAACUCAGCUGUGGCCCCAUUCCCUUUGAAUCAAUUCAGUCUUUGUAAUGCAUGUAUGUGUGUCUUGUCUAAAAAUGCGCAAAUUGCACCGUAGAGUCUUUACAGGGCUUUAAAAGCUGUAUUGCCUGCCUCAUGAUGGAUGCAGCUUUUUGUUUUUUGUUUGUUUUGCAUUUUGCACCUUUUUUUUCACUGUUUCUCACAGGAGAAAUCUUUGGACUCCUCUGAACCUGUGGGCUAGGCUCAUUUGUGUGGUUGUCCUGAGACUAAAGGCUUUAGAUUUGUGUUUGUGGCAUUCAACACAAUCAAAGAGUGUCACUCCGAGACUGCCUGUAAUCUAUUGCCUUACUGUUCGGCUGUUUGGUAGCCGUGUUAUGGCUUCUGUGAGUGUAAAUGCACAGUGUUUGCCAUGUAUAUCAAAAGUAACUGUUGCUGGGGUCCCCUGAGUAUCAUAAACUUACUCGCUAAUGAAAUAUCCAAAUAUUUGUACUGCAAAACAUAUCUAGAUGUGAUGACACAUCUUUGAAGUUUUAGUUGAUGUUGAAAUGUGCAAAUCAAUGCAAGAAUGUUUACAGGACAAUAAAGGAAAAUAAACUGUCCUCUAUACAAUGCAGAAACUGAAUGUAGAGCGGAAAUAUUUAUGUUUGUACAAUUACUGAUAAUUAAAGUUCUUCUUGAUUCUG